UGCCUCUGUGCUCCAGCCCAGAUCCCCUGGGAUUAGGAGGGGUCCUGAACCACACCCUCUGCUGCGAGACGGAGAGGGAAAGAACAAACACUGAACAGAGCACAGAAGCAGAUGAACUGUGAUGGUGAACGAGGUUUGUGCUGAUCGUGACGCUGCAGGAAACGGGUCUGGCAAUGUAGCCGGGCGGUUUGGGUGGAUAUGCCUAAGCGCAGGGACCCCGCCCUGCUGCUGCCUCUGCUGCUGUGGGCUCUGAGUGCGCUUCUCCCCUCCCCCUCUGCCUGGGCUGGGUCUUUGCUAGGGGGCGGGGCCCCCCGGAACAGCACGCUGCUCUUCGACAGCGCGGCGCACGGGAGCGGCCUGCGCAACUGCAGCUGCGCCUCCGAGAUCCGGGACUGCGACGAGGCGCUGGCCAACCUCCUGUGCAGCUGCCGGACCGUGCCGCGCUCGGCGCUGACCCCCGCCGGCCUGCACACGCAGGGAGGCCUGACGGUGUGGGUGCGGGACCCCUGGGUGCUGCAGGAGCUCCUGAACGGGAGCACGGUGCAGGACCUGCGCCUCUCCGCCUGCGGGUCCGGCCCCAUGCCCCCCCAGCCGCUGGCGCUCUUCGGGCUGCGCAGGCUACGGGUACACACCUCCGCCCCCGGGGCCCCCCACCCCGAGCAGGCCCUGAACAUCCCCUCGGGGCCGGAGAGAGGCAGGGGCAGGGACGGGUUUGGCCCCUUCCUCACAACGGAGACUUCCGUGUCCUCUUCGUCCUCUCCUCUCCUCAUGUCCUUCCUGGACGUGUCCCUGCUAAACGGCCUCUCCUCCCUGAAGGCUUACAGCAUCAGCAGUCCCGUUGCCCCCACCCUCAGCCAGCACUUCCCCCACCUGCCCCUGCACCACACACCUCUGGGCCCCCAACACAGCUGCCUCCUCACCUUCAUUUACUAGACAGACACAGACCAACAAGAAGGUCUACAUGACCACACUCAGCUGGACUGGAUUGCUGUUGGGCUAGAAUGAGAUAUCAUGACCAAGACUGACCGGGUGAUAGACUGGUUUGGGCUUGGCAGUGCAGCACAGGGCAGCUUCAUGGUGGAGCAACAUGAAAAGGACUUUGACAAGGAGCAUUUGAACCAAACAUAAACACAUAACGCAAGCAGCAGCUUUCAAGAAAUGAAUCUCAGCAUAACAGCACACUCCAUUCCGUUGCACAGGAUAACUUAUUUUGUGGUAUCUCUCCAGCUCAAAGUAGUUCCUGGUAUGAAUACAAACAGCUGAAAACGUGUUCACCAGCUUUUUCACUUGUUUUUUGACCACUCUGCUUGUCACCCUGGUUGGUUUAAAGAGUCUCUGAUGUUAUCUAUUCAUGCUGGGUUUGGAAAAAACUCCCCACUUACCUUUACUUACCAUUGUUGCACUUUCUAAUCACACUUUCUAACUGGUGGUGGGUGUCACAAUGUAACCUUGUGGUUAAGGAAAAAAACCAAGGUUCUAACCUAAAGGUUAUAGGUUCAGAUUGUGGGUGGAACAUCAGCUCUGUACCCUUUAUCAAGGCAUAUA